AUGCCAAAUAACACUUACUUGUUGCUUGUGGACCAAAUUUUAUUAGCUCUCUAUAUCAAACGCUGGUGUAAAUACGAUAGAUAUUGUAACGAAAAUUUAAAGUCCAUGAAGAGCCGUAUCAUACCGAAGGAAAUAAAACCCAAUUCUAAUAACUUAAAAUCAUCAAAGUCAUUAUGCAUUUUGGCAGGCUGCUCUCCACUUCAAUCAUGUUUUCAAUUUGAAGUGAAAGGAGUAGGCAUAUUUUGUGUCAAUAAAAUUUUUGGAUGUGAUUGGGAUGGGAAUUCGGCCAUUGGCAGCAUGAUGAGCGGCAAUGUAAUGGUUGAAUUUCUCCGCUUUCAGAACCAGUUGAAAAUAGGUUCGCUGUAUUUACCACGCUUUGCACUAAAUCACUUCCUCCCUCGUUCACCCAUAAAUGUGUUUCAUGGCAUUAAAGUACUGGAGAACUUCAAUUUAAUUUUAAGCAUAAGUCUAUGUUUGGUUGGAUUUUAG